AUGAACGGAUUGUCAAGGUGUCUGGGAAGGCAGUUCGUGCCAUAUUCAAGGGUUUAUUACAGGAAUUGCAAUCUGUCUGUGCCCCGCCUUGCCAGCAUCACCUCUCGAAGUUAUUCGAACCAGAGUGCAAAGUAUAACGGCAAUAUGACUACUCAACCACCCAAGAAUGAGAUGGUCUACCUGCCGGCGGUGAUGUCACCGAACAGAUCCUUCGGUGUCUUCCGCAAAGUCCUGCACACAGGUCUUUAUUCGCAAUUCGUAGCGAUGGAAGUGCCUGUGAAUGGCGAGAUCGGUGACGAGGUUCAUACUGUGGACCAAGUUUUGAUCUUUACCCACGGCACCGGCAAAGCGAUUGUAGCUGGAAAGGAGCAGGAGGUUAAACAGAACGAUGUUGUUAUAGUUCCGGCUGGCACGCAGCACCAGUUCUUGAACGUGGGAGACACGCCGCUGGAGGUGGUUACAAUUUACGCCCCAGCAGAACAUGAUCCACGGACAGUACAUCAGACCAAGGCCGAGGGUGACGCGCAGGAGGAGGCAGGCGACGACGAAGCGCCAGAGUGGAGCCAGAGAAGCAAGUCUGAGAAUGAGAGGAUUGGCCUGGUGAAGCUGCCAUGA